ACGGAAAAAAAAAAGAAAAAAAAGCCAAAAAGCAAAUAGCAACAAUAAUCCUCUUGGCUAUACUCAUUUUUCUUUUGCAAAAAGAAGUAGCUUUUUAUAAUUGAAAAUUCUUUUUAUUCCUGUAUAUCAAAAGUAGAAGAGUCACUUUUUUAAGACAUCUUCUUUUUUUUGCUCAUCUCAACUUUUUUUAUUUGCUCAUUUCUCUUCAUCUUUACAAGCAAAGAGAAUUUUUUUUUGUUUUUUUUUUCGUUCUUUAUUUUCUUGGCUUUAGUGUUUAUUCCAGGGAGUCAAGAAAAAAAAAUUUUUUUUUCCCUUCCUUAAUUUCCAUUUUUUCCACUCAGCACCCUCCUCGCGCGCAGCAAGAAAAAAAAAUUUUCUCUCAAAACCACAAAAAGUCAACGUAAAAAAAGUUUCGUGUGCAUUUGCUCAUGCCUGUUCAGAUGGUUUCAAGAUUUAGAGUCAAAAAGCUUUCACCAAAACACCCGCUUCCUGUCUAUAAGGAGAGCCAAUUGCCAGACCUUAUAGACCCAGCAAGUAUACAGAGGGCAGCGCCUCAGAUAGAAACUGGCGUUGAAAAGGAAGAGGAAGAAGAGCAUGACUUGCAAGCAGCUAUUUCAGCCCACCAAGCAGCGGUUACAACAGGUGCCAAAAUAGAAAGCUAUAUUCCAAUUCCUGAUGCAUCCAAUACAAUUGAUCCAAAAGACUAUGAGUUACUGUAUAAAAAGAAAUAUAAAGAACCUUCGACACUCAUAAGGUUUUCGUCCACUGUUGAAGAUUCCAUUGGUUGUCCUUAUUUUAUGGAUGAAAUAGAUGAACAAUUCUUAAAUAAAUAUAAUUCUGAACAUACAACUUUAUCCGAAGAUGAUUUUGAAAAAAUCAUGUAUGAAUUUGAAUCUGUCGUUAAAGAAAAAUUGCCUCAUCUACAUUUGGAUCCGGACCAUAUUCCAGACUUUGACGGGUUUUUGGAGGAUUUGUUGCCUGAAUCUUCGUUCUUGCAUUCAAGAGCCAAAGUCCUUAUCAACCCCAUCUAUCAACACUGGAAACAUCGUAAAGGAGAACGCAAAGGUCUCUCCAUUAUACCCGAUCUCAAAUUUGAAGAAACCUCAAAGAAUGAAAUCGAUCCUUACACUUGUUUCCGUCGCCGCGAAACCAAACCAUUACGUAAAACAAGACGUACAGAUGCCCAGUCUCUGCAAAGAUUACGUACUCUACGUUCUGAAAUGGAAGUAGCACGAAACCUGUUAGAAAUGGUCCUUCGCCGCGAAAAGAUCCGCAAAGAGAGCAUGGUUCUGGAACAUAGCGUAUUUGAAAAGAAAUGCCAGUUAAGAGAAUACCAGAAGAUUUUGGGCAUCCGAGAGGAUGAAGACUUGAUUCUAGCGCCGUCCGCCUCUUUAUCUAUAGCAGCUACACAAGCUUCGGCAAGGAAGAAACAGAAGGGAUCAAGUGGUGCUACUAUCAAGAUUCCUCUGAAUAGAUUAAGAAGAGAUAACCGUUUGGGUAUUGCUGAAAAGUCACCUGCUCAACUAGCUAUUGAAGCUGAGCUGGCAAAGAAGAAACGACUUGACACUACCUUCACAGUUUUUUCAACGUUCUUCCAACGGCAUUCGGUAUCGAAAACGUGUUGGUCGAGGUGGCCGUAUAUUCAUCGACAGGAAAGGCUAUUCAACACAUACUUCUUCCAAUCCUGCCACAUCUGGUAAGACGAAACCUGGCGUAUCACUUAGUCGUUAUCAAACCGGUACAGAUCAUCACCACAACAGAUAUGCGUUUGAUUCUGAUUCUGAUGAAGAAGAGUCAGAUAGAGAGGUUGAGGAAAUGCAAGACAG